AUGUCUGCCGCCAAGCUUGCCAUCAUCUCUCUCGCCAUCGCCUACGUCGAGGCUCGAUUCGGCCAGGAGGGUCUCGCCUCCGCUGCCGUCCAGGCUCUCAGCAACUUCGGUGCUCCCGGUGCUGCUGGAACCCUCUCCGGCCAGGUUCCCGGCGUCCUCCUUGCCGCCGCCAACCCCUGUGCCAAGCUCCAACUUGCCGACGACAUCGUCACCCAGCUCGGUGAUGACCAGCAGGUCCUCGAUGCCGCCAUCGGCGUCGUUGCCGCUGAGCAGAACUUCAAUCCCUUCGCUGUCGACACUGGCAACAUUUGCGCCGAUGCCUCCCUCCCCGCCACCGAGGCCCUCCGUGGUAUCCUCCCUCUCUUUGACCCCGCCGUAGACGGCUCGGACAUCGAGAACGCCAACUCGGCCCAGUCCGUCCAGACCCCCUUCGAUGCUACCGGUAUCUCCGUUGCCGAGCUCGCCAUCGCUCAGGGCUUCACCAACUUCUUCGCUGUCGACGCCGCCGGUAACCAGGUGGACCUCGCUGGCCUCACCACCGGUGCCAACGCCGGCGCCGGUAACGGUGCUGCUGCUGGCGACGCUGCCAACAACAACGAUGCCGCGGCGGGCAAUGCUGCUGCUGAUGAUGCUGCGGCUGAUGAUGCCGCUACUGUAGGUAAUAAUGACGCUUGUGCUGGCGUUGUUACUGACAACGGGGAGGCUGCCGACGAUGCCGCUGCCGACGAUGGCGCCGCCGCCGACAACGGUGCCGUCGACUUCGGAACCUGCGACCCCACCAUCUUCUUCGCUGGUGGUCUCGGCGGACGUCCCGACACCGAGUUCACCUUCCAGUCCAACGAGCCCACCAUCGCCGCCAACCAGCAGGAGGCUCUUAACCCUGACAUCAUCGUCAACCGCAUCUGCGACGACCUCAACAACAUCUGCGGUGCCAACGACGCUGCCAUCUCCGCCUGCCGCGAUGCUCAGCAGCUCCUCAAGGACCAGGGUCUCGGUGUUGGCGAUGGUGAUGCCGUCGUCACCGCCUUCAACGAUGCCAUCCUUGCUGCUUAA